AAAGUGUCAAACAUUAAAGACUGGUUAAACAUGAUAAGAGUGGGGAUAAUCCAUGAAUGGUUCUUCCAUUGUAUACAUACAGUGAAGAAACGCACGUGGUUUAUGCCUGAUAUAGGUUAUUUAAAUUUCAAUGUUUGAACUACAUCUUAAAGGUUCAACAUAAAUUAAAAAUUAAUUUUUUUUUAUUUCAAGACAUGAUAAAUGUAUUGAAAGUGCAUAUUACAAUUUAUUUAUUUUAUACGUAAUAAAAUUUUAAUAAUUAUGAAGCUCAAUACAGGAAACGAAGAAUCGAGCACCAUUCAAGUUGAUACUAAGAAAAAAAGGAAAAAAACGGAUACUCUAAAGGAUGAAGGAGCCAGCAAUAUGGACAGUAAUAAUGUAGAAGUAGUGGAUAAAUGUAAUGACGUAAAAACAUUGAAAAGAAAUUCACCCUAUAAAGAAAAUGGAGUUAAUAAGAAACGUAAGAAGACACAUAAAGCAGAUUCACUUGAAAUAUCAGGAACAUCUGAACACAGUGUAAAAACUAAGGAUUUGAAGUCAAUGCAAAGUGUAAAAAAUAUUGAAAAUGAUGAAGAAAAUGUAAAAGACGAUAAAAAUAUAAAGACUCAAAUUGAGAACUUAGAUGGAAAAUCCUUAAGGGCUAUUUUUAACUCUAGUAAUGGUUUAGAUUAUCUAAAAGAGUUAGUGAACAGUUGCAAUAACAAUAAAAACAAAGAUAUGGCUGCAGAAUAUUUAAACGCAGGUGGCAAUAUUCUUGAAUUAUUAAGAUUAUUAGAUAGCGCAGAUAAGAAAAAUAUUGGUUCUGCUACCACUGUUUUUUCAGCGGUCAGGAUAAUGUUAAUAAAAAUUAUGGCGCAGUAUCCACAAUAUCAGUCUAGCGCAGAUGGAGCAUGUAGACAUUUAAUUAAUUCAUAUUUAUCGGUAGUUCAUUCCAUGCUUUCUGUACAAAGUAAUGCUAAGCAACGGAAAACGGUUCUACAAUUGUUAGCUGCAAUUGUUUCAUUAGGUGGUAAUCUUCCACGUGAAUUACUUGCACAUCUUUCUUUACAACCAGAUGUCAUUACAUCUCUUGUAAAGCAAACAAAGCCUACAGACAAUCAGAAUAUAAGAAACUGUUUCAUUCAUUUCAUUCUUGCUUUCUUAAUAGAAGGAAAUAUAUUAACCAUUAGAACUUUAUUGAACAAAUAUGAUCUGCUUUCUAGUAUAUUUCCUGACUUGUUAUACGAUUCAAAAGAUACUGUUGCUUUAGUGUUAACUACUUUAAAGACCUAUAUUCUUCAAAAUUCGAAAAUUAGUAAGACUAUGAAGUUACAUGUAUUUUCAACAUCAGUAGUUCAAAACCUUGUACACCUAUAUAAUUGGAAAGGUCCAAAUAAUUGGCCAAAAAAUAAAACGAAUAACUUAAUAACAAAUCCACAAUAUCUUGAAGAAAAAGAGAUCAUAAAUGAAAUUGUACAUGAUUUCUUAAUUGUAUUAUUAACAUCGCAUCGGUAUGGAAUUGUAUUCCAUGAUCACACACUUGGUAUGUCGCAAACUAAACAUAAUCAGUUAGUGAAUACAGUACUUCAAAGUUUAGAUCGACCUUGGGAACAUGAUAAACCAUCUGAUCUAGUAAUCAAAAUAAUGACAGCAUGCCCUGAUUUAAUUAAAUCUCAGUUUACAUUGUUAGAACCAUAUAUUGAACCUAAAGUAUCAAUGAAAUGGAUUUCAGCAAUGAAAUUUGUGAGAAAGGUAAUAGCAUCAUUGGAUGCAGAAAGUUGCUUAAAAACAUGUUCUUCUGAAUUAAGUGCUCCUCAUUUAGCUUAUGCAGUAAUGUCAUUGACUUUAUCAGAAAUUGUAUUGAAACAUGCAAUUUUGUCAUCUUUAACUUAUUCUCAUAUGACAGUAAGGCAUGAAGCAGUACUUACACUUACAACUAUGUUUCAUCAAAUACAAAAGUUUUUAUUAGCCGCUAAAGUACAUUACAAUGAAUAUAAUGAUUUUCAUACUUUUCGAACUUCUGUAUUGGAAUAUAUACUAAAGAAUGCACCUAAAUUAAAUAUAAUUUUGAACGUGUGGAGUAACGUGUUUGAACCAAGUCAAGUUGAAGAUGAUAGUAUUAAUAAAGAAUGUAUUCCAAAACCAAGAAAAGAGGAUCACUUAGCAGCUAUCUUAAACUUAUUACAUAUGUACAAUGAAAUAUGUCCAAAACUCUUGCAUGCCUUAGUGGAAGUACCAGCUACUACAUUUUUAAAUCCACUGAACACAUUAGAGAAUGUUAAUACAAUUGAGCUUAAUACAAUACGUAUAAAAGCCAUUCAAUUUUUAAUUAUUUUGAAUCCUACUGAAUUUUCACCACAGAAAAAAAUAUUUAGCAAUACAUUAUCAUUUCUAUUGUCUCUUUUGAAUAAACAAGAUUCUACGAAUGCAUUGAGUGUAAAAUCAACAAUAAAGAUGUUACUAAAUAUUACUGGAAUUUUUGAAGGAUGUAAUGAUCAAUUAGACAUUUGGAUCAAUGGUUUUAUAAAUUUAGAUGAAAGUGAAGAAAUAGUUGAUUGGUUUGUUCACCUUAUAAAAAAAACUUCUAAAGAUAUUAAAAAGUAUGUGAAUGAAGUAAUUGAAGCAGAAGAAAUUAUUAGUGAAGGAGUUGUUCAGGCUGGUCGAUUGGAAGACAUAUUUAAUGAAUUCACAGAUAGAAACAUUAUACAUGAAAGUGUAGAAAAUAAUAUGUUAUCUAUGCAACGUUUUACAUCAGUAUCGCCGCUAUUAUGUUGCAUGUUACAUAAAAUGAAGAAAAAUUUACAUCCUACAGUAUUAUCUUAUGCUUCUUAUGUACUAGUACACACGUUGCACUAUCAAGUUGUACCGCAAUGUAUAAUACAUUUAACAAAAGAUAUACAAGAAUUGCCAGUACAUAAAUAUUUACAAAGCUGGUUGGAGGGUAAUAAUCCUAUUCAUGUUAAGGAAAUAUUUCCUUGUAUGGACUUAGUAUGUAAACUGAAUCAAAUAUUGUUAGAUGAUACUAAUAUACAAAUAAGUGAAGUAUUUAAUGGUGACAAUACAGUUACUUUUACAUAUAAUAAUGAGAUUAUUACAAUCCAUUAUUCUUUAUCAGCAUAUGAAAUUAUGUAUUUAGUCAAGAUGACUAUAUUUUACUUAACACAAUUUAUUAAACGAGGACGUUCAACAGAAACUCAAAUCAAUAAACAUAAAAUUCUUUUAAUAUCUUUAUUACAUCUUGCAAAAGAAAGUUCAGAUAGUUCUACAUUAAUGGAAGAAUGUGCAAAAUCUGUUUUCACUCACCCAGUCAUCUUGUAUUAUUUUUCACCAUUUCAUCAGAAAAGCAAGGAUGUCAUGAAGAGUAUGAUAACUCUAAUAAUUCUUGAUAUUUGUAAAGCAAUGAUUAAUAUGUACAAUAAGCAUAAUCUAAGAACCCUAGUUCGCCAUUUCAAAAAUAAAUUGCUUAUGCAGUUACACAAAAUGAUAAAUAAGCAUCAAAAAAGUAACAGUAUAAAUGAUGUUGAUUCGAUUGUAACAUUGUUGAACUUACUACAAUUAACAUCGCAAGAUGUUACAUCUUUAUUGAAGAAACUUCUGAACUUGGAAAAUUCCAUGUUUAUUUCAAAAGAUGGUACAAAGUUAUCCAUGUAUGGAUGCAUUAUUCCAAAACUUAUAGAAAUUAUUACCACCAAUGAAAUUGUAUCUCAUAACACUUUGCUCGAAUUAGAUAUAGAAUUUGUCAAAUGUUUAUGUUCUCAUCUACUUACCUUAAAAUCUAAAGAAGUUAUUAAUGUUGAAACGUGGGAGUUUGCUCUAUAUCAGUAUAUUUCGAAAUUUCCAUUUAAGAUUGCUGGCAUUGAUACAGAUGUCUUUUUAUCAUUACUAUCAAUGGAAAUGAAACAUACAACUGUAAGACUACUUUCAUUUCUAAUUAGUAAAAAUAUAAAAUUUAUACCAGUCUUUACAGAAUAUAUGUUAAAGUCUGAGAAAAUAAGAGAGGGCAACAUUGUGUUUCCAAUAAUUUCAAGUAAUUUAAAUUACAAAUGGAGUCAAGAAUUUAUGCAAAAAGUAAAGACACAUUACGAAACUGAGAUUCUGUCUUAUUUAUGCAAUCCGAAAGACGUAAAAACAUGGAUAGAAGAGAAUGUUACUGCAGUUUCUUACUUAAUUAAAAAUACAUUCGACUUUAAAAAUUGCAGCGAAGUAUGCAGUACUAUAUUGCAAGCUGGUGAUAAAUUGGACAUGGUAUCAAUUCAAUAUAUACAAAUUCUUGAAAGUGUAUAUAAGAAAUAUGCAACAUUGGAAACAGACAAUGAAAAAUUUAUUACGAAUUUAUUACAAGUCCUUCUUCAUAUAACUACUUUGACAUUAAAGAAAGAGUCGAAGAAUAUAACAAAAUUGCAUAUUCUUUGUGAAAAGUUGAACGAUGCAGUUAAAAAUUUACGAGAUAUGAAAGAAAAUUUCGUAUUGGAAACAUUACAUAAUAAUCACUCGUGGCCACAAUUCUCACGUUUCUCUUUAAAAUUAGGCUUUAAAGAAUUAAAGAAUAACAAACAGACGCUACCAAUAUUAAAAACUUUAAGUGUUUUAUGUAAUAUUGCGUACAAAAACGACAGUGACAAUGAAUAUGUUAAAACUUUAUUUGAAAUGACAACUUCUCAUUCCGAGUUCCUUGACAUUAUGUUAGAAUCAUCAAGUGCAAAAAGAGAUCUUGUAGAAUUAUUAUGGAUUCUUAUGCAGAAAAAUAAAACGGUUAUAGCAUUGUCACACGUGCCGGUAUAUUUGGCAGCAUACAACGCUAGUUUAAAUGAAGCGGAUCAGUACCUUUUACUUAUUUUGCAAUAUUAUGAAAAUAAUGAUAUUAAUAUUUAUGAAUAUCAACCAUACCUUUGGGGAAAUGCAGCUGCCAUACAUUAUAGUGUGAAGGGAGACAUUCAUUUGAAUUUGUGGAAACAACCAUCUACUACUCAAGUUUUAAACUUAUUGGAGGAGGACAUUGUCAAUAAUACUAUACGAAAUUAUCCUGUAAAUAGAUCAUUAAAGGCCACUGAAUUGCACGAAGCAUAUGACGUAUAUGAUCCAGCAUUUUAUUUACCGUUAUUAUGUUUCGUACUAUCUGAAAAUAAUGUUGUGUCUUGUUUGAAAAUAGCUAAAAGCGGUGCUUUAGCAUUAGCAUUUGUUGCAUGUAGCAGUAAUCAUUCCAAUGUUCGUAUGGCAGCAUAUACUAUCAUUGCUAGAUAUUAUACUCAUUUGGAAGCUUCAAGUUCUAAAUCAAAAUUAUUAUGGAUGAGAUUAAUAGACGCAUUACGUUAUGGUAUUACGACACCCGAACCAGAGCUUGGCAAUGUGCGUGUGAAUUGUUUAGUCUCUACAUUUUUAGCAAAAACAUCUUUAAUUGCUACACAACCGUUACAUCCUCUGUAUUCGCGUCUACAAAUAUUUUUGAUGGCAAAACCUGCAUUAGAUGUAAACACAAUCCCUGAAUUGUUACAACUGUUUCAUAGCUCCGAUGUAGAAUACAAAGCGCACAGGCGUUGGAUUUUAGAAAAUAUUCGUGAUGGUAUGAAAACAGAAAGUGAAUUGGAUGUAGCUUUUAAGUGCGUCCUGUUUAAAAUGUUGUUGGAUUUUUAUACUUGUAGUUUAACAGAUACAGAUACGAAGAAACUUAUAUUGGAGAUCGUUUGUGCUACAUUAAGGAUUACUAAAGGUUCAAUUCUUCUCAUAAAAGGGCAUGGGUUACUUCCAUGGUUGUUUAAUAUUACAAUGGGUUUACAUGAUCAUGAAGUUCAGUAUGUUGAUCUCAUUAUAAAAAUAGUAGAUACACUUCUGAAUAUUAUAUUAAAAAUGAAAGAGGAUACUGUUCACUAUAAAUUGAUGCUUCUAAAUAUUGUAUUGAAUUUAAAGUCAAAGUUACCUAAAAACAUUAAGAUGGCAAUAUUUAUACUAUACAUAAAUAUAUUACAAAAAUUACUUUUGUCCAAACACAUGAAAAUGGUUGUUACUAAGGAACAUGUAAUGGAAAUUCUUGAAUUUUCUAAGAAACUUUUAGGUAAUAUGGACGAAUGUGAAAAUAUGUUGCGUUUUGGUUCUGAAUAUAUUACCAAAGUAGAUUGUUCUGAAAAUGAUAAUGAAGUUGAAGUGGCAAGGAAUUGUUUGAGAACUAUGGUAUGGACAUGGUGUAAUCACGAAAUAAGAUAGCAUACAUGUAAAGUUUUAAUACAUUGUGUAAAUAUCGUGAUUAAAUGUGUAUAUAUACAUGAUCUAUAAGAUAAACUGUUUUUAUGAAAUUAAAUAAAUAAAUAAGUAAAUACAUAAUUGUGUCGGAAUAUUACUACAAAACAGAUACUCAUAGAUACUCAUAGUUAAGAUACACAAAGACCUCAUUUGAAAACAUGUACACAAUGAUACUUUAUU